AUGGGGGACAUUUUUAUUUCAGCUACAACGAAGCAAGACAUGAAUUGGUUUGUUAAAUACUAUUGUAGGAACUACGACACUUUCAAUCAAAACAUGCAGAAACAACUGGGCAAUGUUGCAUUUGAGGCUGUGAAAAGAGGAGACGCACUCGAAUAUCAAACCUUUGCAGAUAAGGGAAGCAAGGUAUUUGGGGAACUGCUUUCCAAGCUUUUUUUGUCAGAGUGGCAGAAGUUCGAAGGGGAAAGCAAUAAUGAUGAACACAUGAUUGUCAAGUUCCUUUUGAAUUGGUCAGCUUUCAGUGAAUACUUGAAAAUAUAUUUCGGUGACAAGAAACUUAUGCAGAUGUUAAGCGAUAAUUGCAUAACAAAGGUUGUAUUGGCAGCGUCAAAGAUAGAAAAUCUAGCUGAAACGCUUUUGGAAGGCACGUUGACAGUAGAUAACUUAUAUCUUAUUAUUGAGAAGAAGACAAUGUUUUUAGAGUUGAUAAAUCUUCUUCCAAAGAAAAUAUCGCGGGAACUGAUAAGUAACGCUAUAGCAGUACGACAGAAUGAGAUUGAUACAUUCAAAGAGUAUAUGAAGCAAGUUUCAAAUCUGUCUACCAUGUGUCAAUCUUUGUCUGAAGUUGACAAGACAGAAAUUGAUUUGUUCAUGCGGCGUCAACCCAAGAUAGGCCAAUUUAAAAUCAGCGAUUUAUGUCAAGUACAACGGAUAGAUGAAGAUACUUGUAGGGACAUACUAAAUUUGCAUCCAAAGACGAUUGACUUUGAAAAAAGUCCAAAAAUCGGUGGAAUUCUCCCUGAAUUUUGUAGAUGUUGCAGUAGUACUACUUUCGUUGACAUGUGGCAUAUGAAGUGUCGUGAAGUAGGUGACAGUUGUAAGACAUUUGAUGAUGUAUUGACAAAAAUCUGGAAUGCAGUCAAGGAAAGUUUUGAACUUUUGAGAAAACAAAUAGAAACUGGUGACACGACAUUCAAGGAAUUUGAGCGGUUAUUCUGUGAUAGAUACCGUGAUGACUUCAAAUCAAUGAAAGAAGAACUGCUAAAAAUGCAGUUGAAAGCUGAUGUAAUUGACAGUAGAAUAGAACAGCUACGAAAGUUUCAACAGCUACAAACUUGCAAGUUUGGGGCAAACAGCAUUCUUCAAUUUGUACAACAAUACGAGUUGACUGGCGACUUUGAAUUAGUCAAGACUAUAGCUUCUUAUGAAGAAAAUGACAUGAAGAUGAAAGUUUUUGACGACAUAUUGGUAUCAGCUUGUGAAAAUCUGCGGGAUUUGACCAGAGAUAAAGCUAAAUGCUUACAAGCAUUUGUUGACUGUAAAAAACUGAUAUCUUGGUUAAAAGAGUCAAUGGAAAACAGUGGACUCAAGGAACUUAAAGUGUUCGUGGAUCUAGCAUUGAUGUCCGCUGGAGAGGAACCAAUGAAUAUUGCACGUGUACAGUGUCUACAUACAGCUGUUACUGGAUAUGCCCCUCUGAUAUUUGACUUGCAAAAAGAUGCUGGUUUCGAGGAAUUACUACAGCUUUGCAGAAGUGUAUGGAAAGAACUGGAUGCAAACCCAUCUUUACCAGAUAAAUUGAUUGACACGGCUCGACAUUUACAAUGGCUUGAUACCAUACAAAAGGCCCACGGGUCGGUAGAAAUAACGUCUAUGAUGCAAGUUGAGGCAUGUAACGACUGCGGCGAAUACACCAUUGGUUCAAACGCGUGGCCAGAAAGGCUUGUUUUAGAUGACAAAAAGUCAGCAAUGCUUCAGGUACAGGAUGUUCUUAAACUUACGGUUCCCGGAGACAAAGAAGGAAAACGGGAGUCAAGAAACUAUAAUACUGAACACCUCCAAGAUUUGCAAAGUCGGUUGAUGUUGGUAUCUGGAAAUUCUGAGACUGGAGCUGAAAGAGUGGAAAAAUUUACAAUGAUAUUUGAUGGAGCGCUGAGACUGAGUAAUGUAUACGUGAGACUGUGCUCUGCUGGUUGCGUUUUAUUUAAAAACUGGUCUGCAUGUUUCUUUUGUGAUCCAGAGAGUCCCGUCUGUGCAAUUGUGGAGUUCGGGGAAUCUGACUGUCAGUUAAAGGGAAGACAGUCAAAAACAGAAGAGUUAAUGGAUAUAAUUCCAAAACUGGCUGGAUUUAUGGAGUCGUGUUUUGACAAGUGGAUGGAUUUUAUCAAACAGAAAAGAAAACAAUAUCACCACCUUAACUUCUUUACAACUGACCAGCUUGUGAUUUUGCAACGAGAACUAGUAAAAAUCGGGACAAAUGAAGAACCUUCACAUCUUAUUUAUCCUCUCCUGUCUGCUGUAAAAUCUGAUUGUUCUAGAGUUGACUUGCAAGAUGCAAUGACAAAAGCUAAAAACGAGCUUGAUGAUGUUGUUGAACAAGCACAAAUUGGCGAAUCUGAAGCAGAUGACAGUGAGCCAAAAGAAAGUGGGCACGAGGAAGAGAUAGACUUUAUAAAUUCACUAACUGAACAAGGCUUUUCUGAAUCUCUUGCACGAAAGGCAUUCAAGCAAGUUGGCCCAGAUGCAUCUGAGGGUUUUGAAUGGUGUAUGGAAAAUGCUGAUGAGGAAAGUGAAGAAAAUGAGUCAUUUGAAGAAUCUCCAACUGUACUUAAUGAUACAGCAUCGACUCCUAUAUUUACAAAGUGGAAUGAAUCGGGUGAUUCCUUUUUGGAUAUAAUGACAUCUCGUAUAAAGUCUAUGAAGAAACAAGGGGGGACGGGAUCUGCACCACUGCUCAAUGACUUAACAGUGAUAUGGCAAGAGUUUCUAGAUUCGAUAUCAUCGAAUAUCGAGGAUUAUUUGAGUUUAGAGCACCUUGGACUAAUACUGAAACAUCUUGACACAUCUGAAGUGACGAUGGACAGAAAAUUUCCACCAAACUUUGAGGAAGGCAUGCCAAAUUUAAUCGUGUGUAGGCAAGGAAGUUCUGUCAACAACAUUGUCUAUAUAUAUAUAUAUGACAAGGACCAGCCAUUGCCAUCAUCAGAUGAGACAUUAUUGUGCACAAACACAACAAGUACAGACGAAAUUGACAUAUUUUUUAGAAGAGCAUUGUUUGACAAGGGCAAAAAGAUAUAUUGCCUUGUGAGUGCAGACUCGCUGCGAUAUGAUGUCAGCGAACAAGUUGAAAAAUUAUUAGAAGACUACCUUGUAGAGAGUAAAUGCCAAGACAUCAAAUUCAAACUAGUGGUAAUAUGUAGUUUGGAGAAUGAAUACAGAUCGACACUCGUGACUUUUCUCGACAAGUACAAGCGAACAUCUUUGCUAAUAAAGAUUAAUAUCAUCAAAACCUACUUGAAAGAUAAGCUAAUCUGUCGGCUCGAUAAUAUCGAUGGAGUUAAACCGGCUGCAGCAGUGGACAAGGAAAGAUUAACAGUACGUGUAGUAAAGUCAUGGCGAGCAGGUGUUGGUAAGAGUUUGUACAAAGAUCGGAGAGCAGAAGAUCUGCAAAAUCUAAAUGACGAUAACGUGGUUUCAUCAAGUGUUUCCAUUCCACUUCAAGAUAAAUGUGUGAAAACACAUAAUGUUGUUCAGAGACUUUUGGAACAAGUUAGAAAAACAGAUGAAAAGAGAUCAACAUUAUUCCAUAUUGACGUUUUUCAUGAGGUUCUAGAAGGAGUUGAUGGUCUUCUUUUUAAUUUGCUGAUACUUGGCUACCUGUCUGAUGAAGCAGGCUUUGUAUGGAGGAAACGUAGCACAGAUAUCUAUUUGAUAGAGACAUUGCCGUUUAUGCAAAAGGAAACCUCUUACCUCCACCACAUGCUUGAUAUUUUGCCAGAAGUGACAUGUAGAUCACCUAAAGAAAGUUUAGAAUUACUCGAAGCUAACAGGCAACCUGAUAACGACCAGCUAUUUGACAAGAAAAAAUGUAAAGAUGACAUUUAUCAAAGACCAUAUCAAUAUUUGGUUCAGUUAGACACUAGAACAUCAGGUAAUAUCAAAUUCGACCCGGCUAAAGAGAAAGGAUCUGAAAAGGAAGUGCUUAGGACUGUUCUCAGUCAUUGCGGUUUGCAAAAUCCAUCAUGGGCAGAAUUAUUCUACUUUGUCAACUUCCUAAACAACCAGUUAAUGAGUUUUGAAUCAAAUAUUUUCGUCAGUGAUGCGUUGGCAGGAGAUUUACCAGGGUUUGGGCAGUUUGUCCUAAGAUUUCUAAUCCAUAUGUCAAGGGAUUUUUCUACCCACUCCCUUGAAAUAAGUGAAAGAACGCCAGAGACGUUUGACCAUGAGAAAGAAGCAUCAGGUUCCGAUGAUUUAGACGAAUUUGAUGAACUGAGACAGUUUCAAAUGAGACGUACUUGGGAAAGCAGUCCUCAUCCAUAUCUUUUCUUCAAUGAGGACAAAACCACAUUUACAUUUUUGGGAUUCCACAUCGAUAAAAACACGAGAAAUGUUAUAGAUCAACAAACAAAAACAGUUCUUGAGAAAAACAUAAUGACAGCACAUUUGUACACAGCACUGGAUAUGAACGGAGUUCCUUUAAAUGAAGACUUUGAUAAUUGUACAAGACAAGAAAAGAUACAAAGGUUGCGCAAUGUGAUGGGGAUUAAUGAGACACAUGAUCCAGAUGAUACAUACGAGCUUACAACAGAUAACGUGAAGAAAAUGAUGGCUAUACACAUGCGGUUCCGAUGUGAUAUUCCUGUUAUAGUAAUGGGAGAGACCGGCUGUGGUAAGACAAGACUGGUAAAGUUUUUGUGUGGUUUACAGAUUCCACCUGGAAGCACGAUGCAGAAUAUGAUAAUCAUGAAAGUCCAUGGCGGCACAUCAAAGAAAGAUAUAAAAAGAAAAGUUGAACAAGCACAGCAAAUCGCAGUUAGAAACAUGCAGAUGAACAAAAACAUGUUUACCGUUUUGUUUUUCGACGAGGCCAACACGACAGAAUCGGUUGGUUUAAUCAAGGAAGUCAUGUGUGACAAGAGUCUUGAGGGCAAAAAGUUGGAAUUGUGUGAAAAUUUGAAAAUGGUCGCUGCAUGUAAUCCUUACAGAAAACAUCCUGAUGAGUUGAUAAGAAAACUUGAACAAGCUGGCCUUGGUUAUCAUGUUGAUGCUGAACAAACAACUGAUCGGCUUGGUAGAGUUCCAAUGAGGCAGUUAGUUUACAGGGUCCAGCCUUUGCCACAAAGUCUUUUACCAUUAGUUUGGGAUUUCGGACAGCUCAGUACCGAGGUUGAAAAGCUCUAUAUAAAGCAGAUGGUCCGAAGAUAUAUAUCAAAUAAAAAGAUUCCAGAUACAGAUAAUAUAAAGGAAGUCAUCAGCAACAUUCUUACAGAAUCACAGAAUUACAUGCGACAACAGAGGGAUGAAUGUAGCUUUGUGUCUCUUCGAGAUGUUGAUAGAACACUGACCGUAAUGAGUUGGUUUUAUGAGGAUAGUUUAAAGAAUGGCCUACUUUUUACAUCGAUAGAUAAGAAAAUGUGUGACAAGCUUCAAAAGAAAUACACCCUUGACAGAACAACUAGGUCAUUGGUUUUGGCUCUUGGCGUUUGUUAUCACGCUUGCCUAAGAUCAAGGAAAGAAUACAGGGACAGAAUAGCAAAAUUCUUUAUCAAGCCAUGUGGACUUGAAAAUGGAAGCACACAAAUUGGACAGGAAAUAGACAGCUGCCAAGAGGUUUACCUUGACAAUGUCCGUUUGGACGAUACUAUCGCUUGCAAUACAGCGUUGAAAGAAAAUGUAUUCAUGAUGGUGGUCUGUGUAGAACUAAGACUGCCAUUGUUUCUUGUUGGCAAACCAGGAAGCUCUAAAUCGUUGGCAAAAACGAUCGUUUCAGACGCGAUGCAAGGCAACGCAGCAAAAUAUGACAUUUUCAAACGCCUUAAACAUGUUCAGAUGGUUUCCUUUCAAUGCAGUCCGCUUUCUACACCGGAAGGUAUUGUCGGAACUUUUAAACAAUGUGCACAAUUUCAAGAAGACAAAGAUUUGAAUUCGUUUGUGUCAGUUGUCGUAUUGGAUGAGGUGGGACUAGCAGAGGAUAGUCCUCGGAUGCCAUUGAAGACUUUACAUCCAUUGCUAGAAGACGGAUGUCAAGGUGAUGAAGAAGCAGAAGAUUACAAGAAGGUUGCUUUUAUUGGCAUUUCAAACUGGGCAUUAGAUCCAGCCAAAAUGAAUAGAGGUAUUCUAGUUCAGAGAGAAGUUCCAGAUAAACAAGAGCUUAAGAUGACGGCAAGCGGAAUUUGCAAAACAUCGAAGCAGCUUGAAUCAUUGAUAGAACCUCUGAUUGAGCCUAUGGCAGUUUCCUACUUAGAGGUCUUCAACAAAGCAUCUGAAGAAAUGAGAGAAUUUUUCGGUUUGAGAGAUUUUUACAGUCUUGUUAAAAUGGUUUUCGCUUUUGUUGAUAAGUCGAAACAAAGUCCAACAUGGCAUGAGAUGGUACAUUCGGUUAAACGUAAUUUUGAUGGAUUGGAGACUGUUGACCCUGUUGAAAGAUUCGAAAGUCAUCUUACACGAGUGAUGCAUAUAGAAAAAGAGCCAAGGAAAACUGAUCCUGAUUGUUCAACUGCAGGUCUGAUACACGCAUGCUUGUUUGAUACGAACAAUAUGAACAGGGAGAGCCGAUAUUUGUUGCUCAUAACGGAAACAUACGGAGCUUUGUCUAUCAUUCAACAACAAAUAUUAUCUGGAGGGAUUCAGAACAGACCAAUUACAAUAUUUGGUAGCAGUUUUCCUAGUGAUCAAGAGUACACCCAGGUAUGCAGAAACAUAAACAAGAUUAAGCUGUGUAUGGAAGCUGGUAAAACAGUGCUUUUGUUGAAUUUGGAAAACCUAUAUGAAAGCUUGUAUGAUGCCCUAAACCAGUAUUAUGUGUACUUUGGUGGCGACAGAUACGUCGAUCUUGGUCUAGGAACACACAGAGUAAAGUGUACUGUUCACGAAAAUUUCAGACUUAUUGUUGUUGCUGAGAAGAAGACUGUGUACAAAGUGUUUCCAAUACCGUUGAUCAACCGUUUGGAGAAACAUUUUAUGAAUAUCAACACAAUGCUGACGGACACUCAACAAGAACUCGCUUCAAAACUGAAAAACUGGGCACACGCUUUUUCAGGACAAUCCGGGUUGUCUGUCAGUGAAAACUUUGUUGGAUAUCACGAGGAUGUUUGUUCAUCAGUCAUUCUUUACACGUGGGAAGCUAAUACAAAUGCUGUUAAGACGGAUGAUCAAUCUGAAUUCGUUGAAAAG